GUAACAAAAAUACCUUUCAUCCCUCCGAAUACGAUCACCGCUCCACCACCGUAACAAAAACCCCCAUAAAACCACCAUUCAAACUCGAUAACCGCCAUCGAUACCUCCACACACACCACGAUCUACCACCAUGAUGAGACUCUUCGGCAGAGGAGGAACAUCCAACGACUCACCGUCUUCUAAAUCUCCAUCAACGUCGUCUCCGUCACAGCCUCUAUUCUCUCCGUCAACUGCCGUGUCUUCCGGCCCUGCUAGACCUAUUCGCCUCGUGUAUUGCGACGAGAGAGGCAAGUUUCAGAUGGAUCCGGAAGCUGUUUCUGUUCUUCAGCUUGUUAAGGAGCCGAUCGGUGUUGUUUCGGUUUGUGGCCGUGCUCGUCAAGGCAAGAGUUAUAUUUUGAAUCAGCUUCUAGGAAGGAGUAGCGGAUUUCAGGUGGCAUCAACUCACCGUCCAUGCACAAAAGGGCUUUGGCUAUGGAGUACUCCCUUAAGGAGAACUGCUCUUGAUGGAACUGAAUACAAUCUUUUACUGAUAGAUAGUGAAGGAAUUGAUGCUUAUGAUCAAACGGGAACUUACAGUACACAGAUUUUCUCUCUAGCUGUACUCUUAUCCAGCAUGUUCAUAUACAACCAGAUGGGAGGUAUAGAUGAGGCUGCACUGGAUCGUCUCUCUCUUGUAACUGAAAUGACUAAGCAUAUUCGAGUCAGAGCUUCUGGUGGAAAGACCACUGCUUCUGAGCUUGGACAGUUCUCGCCUAUCUUUGUUUGGCUUUUAAGGGAUUUCUAUCUGGAUUUGGUGGAGGAUAACAGGAAAAUAACUCCACGUGACUACCUAGAACUUGCUUUGAGGCCAGUACAAGGUGAAGCAAGAGAUGUUUCUGCCAAAAAUGAGAUUCGAGAAUCCAUCAGAGCUCUCUUUCCCGACAGGGACUGCUUCACUCUUGUGAGACCUUUGAGCGAUGAAAAAGAGCUCCAGCGGCUUGACCGGAUAUCAAUGGAUAAAUUGAGGCCAGAGUUCAAGUCAGGACUGGAUGCGUUAACAAGGUUUGUCUUUGAGAGGACUAGACCCAAACAGGUAGGGGCCACAGUGAUGACUGGACCUAUUUUUGCUGGCAUUACCCAGUCCUUUUUGGAUGCUCUCAAUAACGGUGCAGUGCCAACAAUAACUUCUUCAUGGCAGAGUGUUGAAGAAACAGAGUGCCAAAGGGCAGUAGAAUAUGCUACUGAAGUUUACAAGUCUUCUUUCGACAGUUCAAAGCCCCCUGAAGAAGCGGCAAUACGAGAAGCGCAUGAAGAAGCUGUUCAGAAGGCUUUGGCUGCCUUUAAUUCAAUUGCUGUUGGAGCUGGUUCUGUUAGGCAGAGAUGUGAAAAGCGUCUUCAUACUUUCUUGAAAAAAGAAUUUGAGGAUUAUAAAAGAGAGGCAUUUAUGAAGGCUUACAUGCAAUGCUCAAAUGCCAUACAGAAAAUGGAGAAAGAACUAAGAGCAGCUUGUCAAGCUCCUGCUGCAAAGUUUGAUGAUAUUCUUAAGGUUCUUGAUCAGCUAUUAAACAGAUAUGAAACAACUUCUUAUGGUCCAGAGAAGUGGCAGAAGCUAGCUUCUUUCUUACGGCAAAGCAUAGAUGGCCCAAUCCUUGACUUUGUUAAGAAGCAGAUAGAUCAAAUUUCUUCUGAGAAAAGUUCCCUCCGGUUAAAAUGUCGGUCAAUCGAAGAUAAAAUGGGAUUACUUACCAAGCAACUAGAAGCUAGUGAAAAGUACAAAUCCGAUUACUUGAAACGUUACGAGGAUGCUAUUAACGACAAAAACAAGCUAGCAGAGGAAUACAUGUCCCGGAUAUCUGAUCUUAAAAAGAACUCCAGCUCAUUAGACGAAAAAUGCUCGAGUUUAUCAAAAGCUCUAGAAGCCGCCAAACACGAAUCCAUAGAAUGGAAACGGAAGUAUGACGUGGCGCUGUCUAAACAGAAAGCAGGGGAAGAACAAGCCUCCUCAGAAGUAGCAAAUCUUAAGGCUAGAAGCAGUGCAGCAGAAGCAAGAUUAGCUGCUGCAAGAGAACAAACGUUGUCUGCGCAAGAGGAAGCAGGCGAGUGGAAGCGUAAGUAUGAUAUUGCUGUUAGAGAAGCAAAGAUUGCACUAGAAAAAGCAGCUGCUGUACAAGACCGUGCAAGUAAACAAACACAACAACGGGAGGAUGCUCUACGAGCAGAGAUUGCCGAUACAAUUGCUGAGAAGGAAGCUGAAAUAAAAGAUAAGGCGUUGAAGAUUGAACAGGCUGAACAGCGUGUAACGACUCUGAGCUUGGAGCUGAAGGCUGCUGAGUCAAAGAUAAAGAGUUACGAUAUAGAAAUAUCUGCCUUAAAGAGGGAUAUUAAGGAGUUGGGCGAAAGGUUAGAAAGUGCAAAUGCAACAGCCCAAUCUUAUGAAAAAGAAGCAAGAAUUUUGGAGCAAGAACGACUUCAUUUAGAGCAGAAAUACCGAUCUGAAUUUGACCGAUUUGAGGAAGUCAAAGAAAGAUGUAGAAAUGCAGAAAAAGAAACCAAAAGAGCUACCGAGUUAGCUGAUUCUGCCCGGGCAGAAGCAGCAUCUGCCCAAAAAGAGAAAAACGAUAUCCAACGGGUAGCUGGCGAAAGGCAGACCGAAAUCGCAAGGCUUGAGAGACGUAUCGAGAGCCUAGAAAGACAAAAACAUGAUUUAACCGAUGAAUUAGAACGGUUCCAAGCUGCUGAGCUGGACGCUGUAUCUAAAGUUUCGAUAUUAGAAGCAAGAGUUGAAGAAAGAGAGAAAGAGAUAGAAACAUUAUUAAAAUCAAACAACGAACAACGGGCUACCACUGUGCAUGUCCUCGAAAGCCUUUUGGAAACCGAACGGGCAGCUCGGGCAGAAGCCACUAACCGCGCAGAACAACUUUCGGUUCAGUUACAAGCUACACAAGGGAAGCUUGAUUCACUUCAACGACAAAUGACAUCUGUACGUCUUAACGAGUCUGCAUUAGACAGCAAACUAAGAACAGCUUCACAUGGGAAACGGUUUAGGGUUGAAGAUAAUGAAAUGGGAACCGAUUCAGUUCAAGAAAUUGGUAUUAAUACCGAUGGAGGUAGAGCAGUUAGAGGAAAUAAGAGGUCUAGGAGUACGACUAGCCCGCUAAAUUUUGUUUCAACAGAAGAUGGUGGUUCGACUUAUAGAGGCGAUGAUGAUUAUAAUAACAGUAACCACAGUCAACAAACUAGUAAUGAAGAUUACACCAAAUUCACCAUUCCGAAACUUAAACAAGAGCUCACAAAACACAAUUUUGGUGAAGAAGUGCUUAGGUUGAAGAAUCCUAACAAGAAAGAUCUCUUGGCUCUUUAUGAAAAAUGUGUUCUCCAGAAAUCUUGAAACGGGUUUCUUCAAUUUAAAAUUCCAACAAAGAUGUGGCGGAUUUUGUUGGAAGAUUGAUUUAGUGUGUAAUUUAACUCGUCCCAGAUUGUAGUGUAGUGUGAAGUUAUCCUGCACAUAUCUGCUACUAAAACUAGAUCGUAGAAACAGAGUUAUGAUUCAUCGGGAUUAUGUCUGCAGAAUAUGUCAACUUGAUUCGGCUUAGGGUUUGUCAUCUUUUAUGGUCUUUCUGGUGUGUGUUCUUGUUAGAUUACUAUGUAACGAUUCAGAAUGAUUGUUUGAUUUUGCAUCAUAUGUUAUUUGGCAACUGGUUUGUAGAUCACUUGUGUUUUUGGAUUUCAAAGAUGACUUCUGAUUUGAUCUUUA